CGGCUGACACUUUUGAUCCGGAUCGUCAGCGUAGUGACGUCGGCGUGGCCAAAACACAUGGGUGCUUGGAAUAGUACGGUGAGGCUUACAUCCGCCAUAGUACCGCGAACAAAGGUUAUCACUGCCGUCCGUGAGCGAGGAUAGGACCAACUCGGAAUGCAUUGCGGCAAAAAGAGCACAGGUAAUAUGUAACCAUGGCCGGUUGCAUAUGUAGUACUACAUACAUAUGUAAGUGCUUGUAAGCCAUCAUUAUACGGCUUCGAGCUCCCGCUUGCUCUUCGUUGCGCCUUCGCUCCACAUUCCCUUUCCUUAAUACUGCGAGUCCGUCUUGCUCCCUGACUGCACCAUGCGCAACCAAAUGCUUCUUGGUGUGCUUUCCAGCGUGCCAUUGCUAGUCUCAGCACAAUGCCCAGAAUACAGCGACUACGCAAAAGAGGUACAUGAGCCGCUAAGCUCAGGCAAGUACCGUCUUGCCUACCAGCGACCGUCAGAAGAGUGCCGAACCUUUAAAUCUCAAGGCCUUGAAGAUCUCAUCACCCGCAUGAAGGACGUCAUCAAGGAUCCGGAUCUAUAUCGCCUUUUUCAGAAUGCAUACCCCAAUACGCUCGACACGGCCAUCAAAUGGAAGGGACAUGCUGCCGAUAAUGCAGAAGAAGAAUUGACUUUUGUCAUUACUGGAGACAUCAAUGCAAUGUGGUUGCGCGACUCAUCGAAUCAGAUGCAGAGCUACCUGCCAUUGCUGAACGCGAGUAGCGAUGCCAAUUCUAUUGCAAGUCUAUAUCGCGGUGUCAUCAACUUGCAGGCGCGGUACCUGCUCACAUCUCCAUAUUGCAACUCAUUUCAGGCACCCACCGAAAGCGGUAUCCCGCCAGCCACCAACGACUACGCGAAUACAGAUCAGGUCUACCCUACAUACUCCAACCAGAGUGUAUUCGAAUGCAAGUAUGAGCUGGACUCGCUCGCGGCGUUUUUGCAAAUAUCCGCCGAUUACUACCAGGCAACAGGAGACAUUGAGUUCUUUGGAAAGUUCAAGUGGGCACAGGCCGUUGAAGCCGUUCUCAACGUAGCAGAUGAUAUGACGCUUCCUACAUAUGGUGCGGACGGAGCUGUUUUGGAUAGCCCAUAUACAUUUCAGCGCUCAAACGUACUAGCUACCGAGACGUUUUCCAACUAUGGAAUCGGAAACCCGGUCGCCAAUGGUACAGGCUUGGUUCGAAGUGGAUUCAGGCCUAGCGACGACUCCACCAUCUACCAGCUCUUUAUUCCCGCCAACAUGAUGUUUAGCUCAUUUCUGGCACCGACUGCUGAGAUCAUGGGAAAGUUGAAUGGCACCAACACUAAAGCGCUUGCGCAGAGAAUGUCUUCACUCUCAGAGUCACUGCGCAGUAGCAUUGAGAAGCAUGCGACAGUUGAUCAUCCGACUUUCGGCAAGAUCUACGCGUUUGAGGUUGACGGGUUUGGCGGGCGCACCAUCAUGGACGACGCCAACAUUCCGGGCCUUCUCUCUGCGCCCUUUUACAAGUACCCGGUCAAUAACGAGACGUACGCCAACACGCGCAACUUGAUUCUCAGCGCAACAAACCCCUAUUACAUGAGGGGGCCUGUUAUCAACGCAAUUGGCGGACCACAUGUAGGAUUAGGUAAAGCGUGGCCUAUGGCAUCUAUUGUACGCAUCCUCACGAGUAAUGACGAUGCUGAGAUUGUGAACGAGUUGAGGCAAAUCGUUAGCAGCACUGACGGGUUGGGCCUCAUUCACGAAAGCGUAAACUCGUUCAACGCGAGUGAUUGGUCAAGGCAGUGGUUCUCGUGGGCGAACGGGCUUUAUGGGCAGAUGCUUUUGGAUCUCGAAGAUCGCAAGCCGGCAUUGCUGGAGACGAGUUUCCAGUAAAACUCGGGAGGCUAGUCCUGUCACGGACGGACGAUUAUCGGAAAUGCAGCCAGCGUAUGCCCGUCAAUGCACCAGGGCUUGAAACCAUGUGCUACAAAUGUCAUAUAGAUUGCUAGGCAACGCCCGCUGUAGCACG